AUGACCGAAGAGACAAAUCAGUCCGUUGUUAGACCUGUAAGUUAAAAAUUGUCUUGAACUUUUCGAAUAAAAUGUUUUAUGGCCUAGUUAAAUGCAAGAAAGGCGAAAGACGUGUGUAAGACUUGUAAGGUACAACGUUGUAUAAGAGUUCUUAUUAAAAUUAAUUUUAGGAAGUCCCGUUUGCUGCUCUCAUACCUGGUGGAGUCUUUCCUGGACGUGCUAUUGUCGUCAGAGGUCAUGUGAAUGAAAGUAAGUGUUUAUGUUAAGAUUUACAACCUUUAGAGAGUUCUCGAUUUACCAUCGAUUUGUGUUGUGGUCAUGUCGUGUCUGGAGAUCAUAGAGAUGACAAAGCUCUUCACUUUAAUGCCAGGUUUGAUCACAAGGGACCAUGGUAAGUAUUAUAAGGGACCAUGGUAAGAAUAACAAACGAGGGAACUGUAUUGCUGACUAUUGUAAGCGAUAUUUUAGUGAUUUAUUUAUGUGUAAGUAGGGUACUAAUGGUUUUAAAAUUUCUGCGAUGUAGUUUAAGAUACUUUUAGGCCUUUUGGCAAAGCGGACCGAGAUAUCGUGAUGAAUUCUCUUGUGAAUAACGUUUGGGGAUUGGAACAUCGGGUACAGAAUCAUAUGGAAGUUAACCAGCCUUUUACUCUACGGAUCUUGGUUUUACGGGAUUAUUAUAAAGUAAGUUUUAAAUACUUUAAUUUAGACUAUAAGUAAAAAAAACAUUAUUGGGUUAUUUCAGAUCCUUUAGAUUUAAAAAUUUUUUGUGAACAUAGUGAACUAAAAGUUUGAUUUUUAGCUCACUUUAAAUGGAAAGUUCUUGUGUGACUUUGUGCAUCGCCUUUCGAUAGAUCGGAUUGCUUGUAUAUACAUUGAUGGAUGUAUCCAGGUUGAUGAAAUACAAUAUCAAGGGACUGUAAGUUAAAGCAUUUUUGAUCUGGUCAAGUUUACGUUACUAAUUUACUUAUUUAAUUUCUGUUCCUUACUGUUGUCAUAAAGAUAGUGGUUUUCAGCCACAAGUGAACCAAUCGGGUGACAACACACCUACAAAUGAACUUAUAUCGAUCAACAAACCGGUAAGUAAAUGUACGAGUUUAUACUAGUUUUUAGGCGAUUCCAUUUGUACAUCAAAUGGAUGGAUUUGUGCCUCCUAGAAGGUUAAAGGUAACGGGAACGCCGAAGAUGAGUGCCACAAGAUUUGAAUUCGAUUUUCAAAACAAAAAAGAAGAAUACGUGUGCCAUUUUAGGGUGGAUUUGCCAUUUAAAGACGUUCCUAAGGUAAAUCAUCUUGUUAAGAUUUUAAAAUUGUCUUCCUGCCGUUGUUAUUUGUCAUUUUUUAUUAAGUAUAACUAGUACAUUUAUGUUUUAAGGGAGCCGUUGUACGUAAUUCCACCAAAGCCGACGUUUGGCAAGAAGAAGAACGUGACAUACCAACCUUCCCCUUCAAGUUUGGGCACACUUUUGACAUGAUUUUCAUUGCUCGUGUCGAUUCUAUUGAGGUGAGUUAGUGCAUUUAUUAAUUCGUUUACAUAUUAUCUUAUGUCUCUAUAAUCCUGCGGGGUUUAUCUAACUCACAAUCAGUCCCGUUUUGAAAUUUCUUCAACAAAAGACUUAAAAAGUGACGUUUUACUUUUAGGUAGUCGUUGACGGACUACCGUACUGCAUAUUUCACUACCGUUUCCCUCAAACCGCCGCUGGUAUAAGUUCGUUCAAGAUAUACGGUGACAUUGUUGUUCAAAAUUUUGAACUUCUGUGA